AUGAAUUAUGGUGGUGAGCAACAGCAACAAAAUAUAUCUGGUCAAUAUGUUAUGCAACGAGUACCUCAAAGAAUAGCCCCAAUGGCACAAAAUGUUCCUACUCAACAACGUCCACAAGGUCAAGUUAUUAAUAAUCAAUCACAAAUGGUUAAUCAAACAGUUAUUGGAAAUGGUCAAAGACAACCUAUUCAGAUGGGACAAGGUGUUCCACAAGGAUAUUAUAUGCAAAUACAACAAAAUGAACCAAUGCAAAUUGGUAAUCAAGAAAGAAGACAAGUUCCAGUUCAGUUUGAUCAGCGACAAAAUCUUAUGAGACAAAGAAUGGCCAAUAAUCCAGGAGCGCAGAUGAUGCAACAACAACAAGCGCAACAAAUUAGGAUGAGGACAAAUAUUAAUACGGGUGUUAAUCAACCACAAAUUGUUUAUUUACAACAAGGUCCUGGAUCUGUUCCAACACAGAUUUCAAAUACCAAUUCUAAUGCUCCAAUUCAGUUACAACGUAUUUCUUCUGCUCAUUAUCAACAAGCUAAUCAAUCUUCAGGUAGUCCAAUGAACAUUCAACAACAAACAAAUUAUCACAAUACUGGGCAAAAUUUAAGUCAAUCACCUCCAAGAGGACAAGUAUCAGUAAUGUAUAAUACAACAACUUCUGGACCAUCAUCUCAAUAUAACUCGGCACUUCAGGCUGAAUUAAGAGGUACAACAAAUAAUUCACAAUUUCAACAUAAAAUACCUCAUCAAAAUAUAAUGACCGGAGUUCAACAACAUGUUCAAAAUAUUCCACAAUUACAAAAAGAACCUGAAGCUGAUAGAGAAAAUCCAGAAUAUAUAGAAUGUUUAAAUUACAUUAAACAAUCAGAAAGAAAACUUCGUAUUCUUGUGGAAAGAAUUCGUUUUGAUGGAGGAAAUGAUCAACUUCUUAAUAAUAUUGAAAAAAUUCUUGAUAUAUUAGAAGGUAAAAAAACUGUUACACUACAGUUUCUGGGGAAAUUAAGAAAAACUGUCGAAAAUUUAAUUGAAAAAUUUGAUAUUUGUAAAAAUAUGAUAAAAACUUCAACAAUGGUUGCUGAAGAUGCAGAUAAAUUUAGAUCAUUUACCAUUCCUCAUUUUGAUCCAUCUCAUAAAUUGAAAAAGUUUUAUACUAGAAUACCUGAUGAAUUAAAAAAUAUUGUACCAGAUAAUGAUCCUACUCCAUAUUAUUUGAGAAAAAAAUUUCAACAUCCAAUGGAAGGUAUUGAAGAAGGGGGAGUGAUAAAUACUACUAAUAAUUUAUGUGAAAAAGACAAUGAAAGAGAAUUAGAUGAAUAUUCUAAAUUAAUUAUUGAUGAAAAUGGUAAAGAGAGAUUAGUUGUAUUGUGUGAUAAUGGUAGAACAAUUACAAUAUCUAAUGAAGCAACAAAAGAAUUAAAUGAAUUAGGAAAUUUUGAAGUUGAUAAGGAAGCUAUACCAAUUUCUGAUCAUUGUCGUGAAGUUAGAAUAAAAAUUACAGGUUCUAACUCAUCAAACGCAUUUCCUUUAUAUUUAAUUAUUCCUGUUGAUUAUCCAGAAACAUUAUGUACAAUUUAUUAUCCUUUUGAAAGUCCAAAUUAUCGUAAUAGGUAUAUGGAAAAUAUCAAAAGAAAUAUGGAAUUUAAUCUGGCAAGAAAUUCUUGCCCACGAACAAUAACAGAAAUUGCUUCACGAUGGAGUACAGAAGUUAACAAUUGUUUUGUUCAUGAUUGGUCAUUUAAUGGACCUACACAAAAUUCAGUUGGAUGA